CAGAAGCUCAAACAUGGAUGUGCCUGCAGCUGCUGCUCUUGUGCUUGGCAUCAUUUUCAUCCUUGCUUCCCCAAAUGAAUCUGCACAGCAAUUUUCUGGAAUGUUUGUGUUUGGAGAUUCACUAGUAGAUGAUGGAAAUAACAACUUCCUCAAUUCUUUAGCCAAAGCAAACUACCUCCCUUAUGGAAUCGAUUUUUAUGAUGGUCCAAGUGGUAGAUUUUGUAAUGGCAAAACUAUCAUUGAUUUUCUUGGGGAAUUGGUGGGUCUUCCUUAUCUUCCAGCCUUUACAAGUACUUUAACAUCAGAGAUUAAAGUUAUUAAUGGAGUAAACUAUGCUUCGGCUGCUGCUGGGAUUCUUGAUGAGACUGGAAGACAACUUGGAGAUCGGUUUAGCUUAAGGCAGCAGGUGCAAAAUUUUGAAACCACCUUGAACCAACUAAAGAGCCAAAUGGACGAAAAACAAUUGAGUCAAUAUUUGGGCAGGGCUUUAGCUGUGAUGAUCCUUGGUAGCAAUGAUUACAUAAAUAAUUAUCUCUUGCCCACAUUUUACACCACAAGCUCCAAUUACAACCCUGUAGACUACGCCGAUCUUCUUAUCGGCCGCUACACAAGCCACAUAUUGGCACUUCAAAGCUUUGGUCUUAGAAAGUUCUUGUUGGCAGGAGUUGGGCCACUUGGUUGCAUUCCUAACCAACUGGCCUCAGGUGCUGCUCCGGCGGGAAAAUGUGUAUCAUUUGUUAAUGACAUUGUCGGACUAUUCAACACUCGGCUAAGAUCUCUUGUGGAUCAGCUAACUAGAAGCCAUCCUGGGUCCAUUUUCGUUUAUGGAAAUACCUUUGAAGUCUUCACCGACAUACUUAACAAUCUUGAUAGUUUUGGAUUCAGUGUGGUCGAUAAAGGAUGUUGUGGUAUUGGAAGGAACCAAGGACAGAUAACUUGCCUUCCAUUGGCAAUCCCAUGCUUGAAUAGAGACAAAUAUGUCUUCUGGGAUGCGUUCCAUCCAACCCAAGCUGCAAAUCAGAUCAUUGCUCGAAGGGCUUAUAUUGGCCCACCUUCAGAUUGCUACCCAAUCAAUGUGAAGCAAAUGGCAGAAGUGUAGAAGUUGAUUCCGGCUUAUAUUAGCCCACCUUCAGAUUGCUACCCAAUCAACGUGAAGCAAAUGGCAGAAGUGUAGAAGUUGAAUCUUCAACUAUGUAUAAUCAAUUGCCGAAUCACUAAUUAUAUUCAUGCCUACAAAUGUAAAUGCAAGCAAGGAUAUAUAACUAGUAUCCCCACCGACUUUGGAACUAAA